AUGCUUCCCUUACGCUUAUUCUUCGCCUUAUUCCUCUCGUUAUCGAGCCUACUGCUUAUAGCCGUUGCUGCGCCUGUCACCGACGUCCCAGAACAGUCAAAUAAAUCCAUUGGCCCUCAGACAUACGAAAUUAGGCUGAUACGUAUGCGUCGUGUCGAUGGGAAGGAGUUGGAGAUUACUGAUAUUCAAGAACCUGUCAGAAGUGACGAAAUAUGGUCUCUCAAGAUUGGCUCAGACGAGUUCAGAGCAGUGCGACAACCGUCCGGAAAAUGGCAAGGAAUGGUAAUAGUAAACCUUCUAGGAGACAAAACGGGAAUCCUUUUGGCUUCUGCCACCUUCCCUUCGAUCGAAAAAUGGAAAGACGUGGAAACCAAAUUCCGUGGCUUGAGCUCCACAUCGAACUUGGAGUAUCUCAAUGUCAUAUUGGCGGCUCUUAAAGGAGAGAAGUAUCUCCAUAAUUUAAACGCGCUGUGGCGUUAUCGGGAUAGUUAUAAUAAUCUAAGUGGCUUCUAUUGGCAGAUGGGUGCUAGAGGGGGUGAUGCCGGGGGUACGCUGUUGUAUGAACAUUUGUAG